AUGGGCGUGCCCCCCCCCAGGGUCCAUGCCGGUGAUCAUGUGGAUCUCGGCAUUCUCGUUGGAGGGUCAUACGACUGCAGCGGGUGGAGAAGGAGUACAGUACGACUCGUGCAACAGUGGCGAGAGGGGGAUGCUUGUCGGGCCACUCCCAUGUCAACAUUCGCAUGCCUGACCAGUCUCAUGAGACCCAUCAACAAAUAUUUAUGA